CGGCUCCCCGCAAGGCACCGCUUGCUCCUUUGCUUCCUAGUUCCUCCGACAAGGAAUGGUACGCACUGGCAGUGGAUUCUUCCUCGGGCUUCGCGCUGCGACCACCGCGCCGCCCGGCGUCCGACCAAACGAGCCAAGGUCGGGCCGCGACGGCCCGGCCCUCCCGGCCAGCAAGGGCAAGGACGACAAAUCUGCCGGGAAAGACCAGCGCUGCCUCCUGCUCGACCUGCUUGACCGAGACUCGCUCGACUGCGUGCUGAUGGCGGCUCAGCACGGUUCCAGCUCCCACCUGCUCGCACGCCUCGGGCAGACGUGCACGGCCUUCCGCAAGCUGUCGGAGAGGGUGCGGUGUGAUGUCAUCCUCCAGCGGCUCUCCGACGGCUGGGACCCGGAGAAGCCGGCCGAGUCACUGCCGCUUCCGUCGGCGCUCUGCGAGGGCGGGAGCUUCCUCGACGCCCUGACGGAGCCUUCCCGAGGCCAGAAGCGCGUCAUGUGCUACGUGACUCGCAAGCGAGGCGUGCGGGCGUCAUUCGGCUUCCACCUGCAGCUCCCUCCGGGCAUGGGCGACCUGCAGUGCUUCUCGGCGCGGAGGCACGUGCUGGGUCGGGCGCGCGGGCUAUGCUACACCAUCUCGCUUCACCGCACCGUCGUGGCCGAAGUCUGGUACGACGCCGACGGCAACUUCAGCCUGGUGGAGCGACGUGGCGGCGCGGCCGCCGGCGCGGCGCCUCCCUCCAAGGCGUCGCCCUCCAAGGCGUCGCCCAAGGCGUUGCCGUCCCAGUUCGUCGCUGCCAAGGAGGGCGACGACGACGGGGGCGACGACCACUCCGGCGGGGACCCGACGGGCGGCUGCUGGCCCAUCAAGGCGCAGCCCCUGCUGCGUCCAAAGGUGCUGCCGGCGGCGGGCGGCAAGGCGGCAGUGCGAGAGAGCGACUCGCUCGCGAUGCAGGUGCUGAUCCGCCGCUCGCGCAUCCGGCCGCGGUCAGUGCGCGUGAAGAUCCCGGCGCAGGGUCAGUCCCCCCACGCCUCCGAGUUCGUCAACCUCGAGCCGCGGUGGGACGACGUGCUCAAGCACUACGUGCUCAAGUACCAUGGCCGGGCGACGCGCGCGAGCGUCAAGAACGUGCAGCUCCAGCCGGCCGAUCGGGCGGUGGCCAACGGCACCCGCCACCCCUCCUUCGACGGCGUGGCCUUCCUCGUCGGCAAGGUUGGCGACGACCGCUUCAACGUCGACUUCAUGUCGCCCUUCUCCUUCCUGCACGCCUUUGCGCUGAGCCUCAUCAUCGUCGACUCGGCCUACUUCGGCUGCAUCUGAGGGGGCGCAUCGUGCGGCCAGCCGGGAGGCGGCCGCGCGCCGGCUCUCCGACCCGCUUGUUCAUAGACUCGAUGGGGGAUGUCUAAUCUGCGCCAUGGUGUGUAUCAACCAGUCAUAACGGUGUGCAGUACAACAUCAAGGCCAAUGCGAUCAGUCUUGUGGGGGGGGGUGCGUACGCUUUGUCGGCCCCACAGGGUGUGUGUAAUGUGAAGCCGAAAUGGCUUCUUUCUCGAUAUGCUUGUGGGAACAAGCAACAAGGGUGUAGUCGAUCGUGGAGAGUGUACGCGAGUCGAGAUAUACGACACAGC